AUUUUCAGAUUACUGUCAAAACGAUGUCUUGUUCUAGUUUUAGUUGGUGUGUUAUUAUUUUUCGCUGCUACAGUUGCGGCAAUAAUCAUAUUCACACAAUAUAAUAACUCCAACACUAAAACUAUCGACCCAGAAUUUCCAUUGCCACCAUCAAGUAUGCCAAUGGGCUUGUACAAAAAGGUCGGUGUCGUAUCAAACGGCGGACCAUGUGCACAAAUCGGAGUGGAUGUGAUAUCAAAAGGUGGAAAUGCCAUAGAUGCCGCAAUAGCUACAAUUUUAUGUGACGGUAUCUUAUGUCCUCAUCAAAUGGGUGUUGGCGGAGGUUUUAUUAUGAGUUUUUACAAUUCUACAAGCAAAAAAGUAAUGUGGAUUAAUGCACGUGAAACAGCUCCAGCUGCAGCAACAACAAACAUGUUUGUAAAAGAUCCAAACAGUUCUAUAAACGGAGGUUUGGCCGUUGGAGUUCUAGGAGCAUUUAAGGGUUAUUCAGAAAUUUAUAAAUUAUACGGUGGCGGAGUUCCAUGGGAAUCACUUUUUGAACCAUCAAUAAAAUUAUGUGAAGAAGGCAUAAAAAUCAGUAAACAUCUAGAAAUAAGUUUGGAAGAUGAUGUAGAGAUAAUAAAAGCUGAUCCUAUGCUUAGAAAAACUUUUUUUGAUGAAAAUACCGGACGUUCAAAAAAAACUGGAGAAUUUUUCACGUUACCAGAAUUAGCAAAAACGUUUAGAACUGUAGCAAAAGAAGGAGUAGAUGCCAUUUAUAAUGGAUCAUUAACAUCAAAAUUAGUAGACGAUUUAAAAAAAGUAAAUGGUAUUAUUACAAAAGAAGAUUUAGCAAACUAUUAUAUUGAAAUCGAAGAAACUUUUCCUGUAAAAUUAAAGAAUGGAUAUACAAUACAUACAGGACCACCUCCUGGUUCUGGUAUAAUAUUAGCAUACAUACUUCGUGUGCUGGACGGUUUGUUACCAGCACCAAACGCAGGCUUAGACGCACAUCGAUUGGUGGAGGCAUUUAAAUUUGGAUACGGUGAAAGAACCCAUUUAGGAGAUCAUAAAUUUAUAAACGUGUCUCAAAUUUUCAAUAAAGUGAAAUCAGACAGUUACAUAAAAAAAAUACAAAAUAAAAUUUUUGAUAAUUUCACUUCAUUAGACCCUAAAUACUAUGGAGCUGACUAUGAUAUGCCAGAUAAUCAUGGAACUGCCAACCUUGGUGUAAUUGAUUCGAUGGGGAACGUUGUUGUAUGCACUAAUACAAUCAAUACACACUUUGGUUCUGGUUUCAUGUCUCCUAGCACUGGUAUUAUUUUCAAUAACCAAAUGAAUGAUUUUUCGACACCGGGGCUCACCAACCAUUACGGAAUUCCACCGUCACCCUCCAAUUUCAUACAACCAGGCAAACGACCAAUGUCUUCUAUGUGCCCAACUAUAUUUACCGAUGAAAAUGGUGAUUUCGCUCUCGCGGCAGGAGCAGCAGGAGGUUCAAAAAUCACCCUCGCUACUUCCUAUGUAUCCGCUCUGAAACUAUGGUACAAUAAAACACUAAAAGAAGUAAUAGAUAAACCUAGAAUUUACCACCAACUAAUGCCUAUGCGAGUUCAAUACGAAUACGGAACGACUACGGAUGUUAUACAAAAACUUAAGGAUAUUGGUCAUCCGAUAAAUAUACUGAAAGAUAAUGGAGGAUCAGGUGGUUCAGCAGCAUCGGCUAUUGCCAUAAGUCCAUCAGGAAUGAUCGAGGUUAUGCCAGAUUUCCGUCGAAAAGGAAAUUCGUCUGGAUAUUAAUGCGGUCAUAUUAUUAAUUUAUUGUUCCAUUCAUGAUGAUGUGUGAUUUAAUAAUUGAUCAAAGUCAUAUGAAAUUUAAAU